AUGCAGCGAUUUGUCUCAGCAGCUGCUGGUUCAUCCUUCACCCCUGGGGAGAAGGGAGUCAGAACACAGGAAAAUCCCUCAUUGCAGGAAGGCAGCGGCCAAACUCUGCCUCUUCCCCUGUGCAUCUGUGGGCAAUGUGAGAACACGCUGGUAACCGCAAGCGGUUUGAGCCGGGAGCCCCGUUCCCGCGCCGUGGAGCAGGUCCAUCUGCGCUGCACCGAGGGCUCCCUGGAAUGGAUGUACCCGGCACGAGCCCUGCGAGUGGUCCUGGAGCCCAACCUGUCCAGUGCCCAGCACACCACCGUCUGCAUCAAGCCCGCCAGCGACUUCCAGGGUGCCAACAUCUACGUGGAGCGCGCCGGGCAGCUGCACCUGGUGCUCAGCGAGGCCCAAGGGGCUCGGCCCCACCACGUGUCCUGUUUCAGCGCCCACAGGCCGCAGCGAGUGGCCCUGUUCCUGCAGGCCAGCCCGCAGAGGGACAUCAGCCGCCGCACCGCCAGCUUCCAGUACGAGCUGCUGAGCAACCAGAGCACGGCCGGCCCCGACUUCAAAAAGAUGGCCCUGGUGGAAGCUAUGUGCCGUCCUUGUGACAACGUGGAACUUCUUAUGGCCAUUUGCAGCAGUGAUUUCGUGGUGAAGGGAUCCAUCCGAAACGUUUCCCACGACUCAGAGAACCACAUGUCCCAGGUGGAUGUCAGUGUCCAGAGAGUCUACAGGCAGAAGAACAGGAUUUUCCAGCAGGAUGAAGGGAGUGGGGAGUGGAGAGGCCCGAUCCGAACCCUGCUGCAGUGCAAGGUGAAGAAGGGAGGUGGAGAUUUCCUCUUCACUGGGAAUGAACACUUUGGGGAAGCCUGGCUGGGCUGUGCCCCUCGCUUUAAGGAUUUCAUGUUUGUUUAUCGAGCUGCCAGAGAAAGAGGAGCCAACCCCUGCGAGUUUGAGCUCAACUGACAAACAGAGACACUGUUGUUGAGAGCUCAGUUUUCAGAUACUGAACCUGGAGCAGAGUUAAAACCCAGGACUGAAGCUGACAAUUCCACCUAAACUGGGAGCUGGAGAAUUCCCUGAGGAUAAUGGCUCUGUGAGCCCUGUGAACUCUUUUAACGCUCAUUAGUUUCUCCUUCUUCAAAUUGUCAUUGUCUCACAAAAUAACUGUGAAUUUUGAAAAGAUUGUCUUUUUGGGGGAUUAGAAAGCAGCUUGUGCCCAGGAUUACAAAAUUCUAAAAUGUUUCGCUCUGUCUACAUGCAGUGUGCUUUUUCUCCAGAUAUUUUUUUCCUCCCCAAUCUCUACUUGAUUUCUUUUCCUUUACAGUCGAAUGUGGAAACUCUCUCUAAGCUUGAGGGGAGGAAACUACCCUUGAGGAAAAAAAAAAAAAAUCCCCAAGAACUACUUCCUUUUUAAAAUGGAACAUAGGUGCUGUAAAAAGUAUGUUUUCUUUUCUUACACUGAAAGAUACUAAGGAGCUUAAUAUAAGCACAGACAAAAUACAACUAACUUGACUUCUGAAAGUUCUGUUGAACUGAUUUAGGAUCAAGAAUUGCUCAUGAUGGUGUUUUCACCUAAAUUAUCUGCCUCUUUUCAAUUAGCUUUCAUUAUUUGAACCAUGGCUCCUCCCACCCUCCCUCAGUGCUUUGGCCAGACUCCCAUAAUUGCCUGUAUUUUAUGUAAAUGGAAUUGCUACACCGUAAAAUGAUAUACAAAUGUGUCUACCACAUAGAGCCCAAUAAAUGGUGUGAAUAAACCCAUUAUUUCCCGUGUAACAGCAUCUGAUUGCAGCCUGGGAAACACGGGGCUGACAGAUGUGAGCCCGUGACAAGGCCUGCAAAAAUCUGAAUGAGGAGCCCUCUGACAGGCCACAAUUAAUUGACUUUUGAAAUGACUCCUCUUUUUUUUUUCCACAGUUCUACUUGGCUGAGCAAGAUUCACAAAUUGCUGUCUUGAACUUUUUAAUGGGACAAAAUAGCUGCCAAUGAAAGUCUAAAUGACAUGAACUUUGAAUGGGAGUCGUACAAUGGCCACGCCGUGACAUGUUUUUAACUGACAUAUUGAUUAUUUGAGAAGUA